UGCUUCAAGCUGCCAGGAAGGACUCGAAAUAGUAACUAAAAAACGUGUAGAUUAUGGGAGGCUGUGAUUAUCAAAUAAAGCCCGUUGGUCCUUGUGUCAUUAAAGGGGCGGGGAUUAUUUGUCGGAGUACGGGUUGGGUAUUCCCUCAGCAGUAGUUGAGUUCAGAGACAGACUGGCUACAGUGUUAACACAGAGCUGUGGGUUAUUUACACAGAGACACACACGACGGUACAGACAUGUCUCUCUCAAAGAUGAAUCGACAACAACUGUUUACUUUAAUUGCGAUGGCGUCCAUAAACUUCAGCUCAAUGAUCUGCUAUUCAAUAUUAGGACCAUUUUUCCCACCUGAGGCAGAGAGAAAAGGAGUGAGCCAGGCAGUAAUUGGGUUAAUAUUUGGAUGCUAUGCCUUCUUCACUUUGGUUGGAUCACUGAUCUUGGGGAAAUAUAUUGUGCAAAUCGGAGCUAAAUGUAUGAUAAUUGCAGGCCUGUUAAUUUCAGGCUUAAGUACUAUAGUCUUUGGAUUCCUAGACAGAGCUCCUGAUGGAACAGUCUUCAUAGUGCUCUGUUUUGUCAUAAGGUCUGUAAAUGCAGUGGGCUUUGCUGGCGCCGUAACAUCCUCUUUUGCCGUAUCAGCAAAAGUGUUUCCUGACAAUAUAGCAACAAUACUGGGGUUUAUUGAGAUCUUUACAGGAAUGGGUCUCAUACUGGGACCACCUUUGGGUGGAUGGAUAUAUCAUGCAUUUGGAUAUGAAAUUCCGUUCAUUGCUUUGGGAAGUGUUCUGAUUUUGACCGUUCCCCUAAUCAUGUGGAUUUUACCAAAUUUUGAUGCAGUUGCCUCACAGGGUUCCUUCUUCAAACUGUGCUCACGAUUGAAGAUGAUGCUCAUUUGCUUUGUGGUGUUCACGCUGAGCUCAGGAAUCGGCUUUUUGGAUGCAACUCUGUCAAUAUUUGCCAUGGAAGCGUUUGGCCUGAGUGCUGAAUCUGUGGGGCUGCUGAUGGUUGCAGUUUCAUUACCCUACGGUGCUGCAUCCCCUAUCCUUGGGAUAAUGAGUGAUAAGUAUCCAUUCAUCAGAAGGUGGAUGAUGGCGGUAGGAGGAAUGGCAACAGCAGUUGGCUUUUCUUUACUCGGUCCUGUUCCUGUCUUUCAUAUUAAGAAUGAGUUUUGGCUAACUGUCGUCAUGCUGGUGGUCAUCGGGUUUUCUCUGUGUAUGACCUGUAUCCCUACCUUCACUGAGAUGCUCAUCUGUGCACAUGAAAAUGGAUUUGAGGACAGCUUAAGCACGCUGGGUUUAGUAUCAGGACUGUUUUCGGCUGUGUGGUCAGCAGGGAUGUUCUUCGGGCCCACUGUUGGUGGAUUUAUGACACAGAAACUGAAUUUUGAAUGGGGUGCAGGUUUUCAAGGAGGAAUCACCUUUAUUGCUGCAUUUCUACUAAUGUUAUUUUUAACCAAAGAAGAAAUCUACAAGCCAAGAUUUAAAAAAUACAAGAUGGCUGAAUGCAUAUUGUACACAGGAGAAAAAUCCCCUCUUCUCUGCUCAUCGUCAGAAACUUCUGUUUGAUAUGUACUCAUACAUCUGACCAAACUGAAGGUAUUUUGUGCAUUGGCACGUCACUACGUGGAAAACAUAAUGUCCGAGACGAAGAAACCGAAUUCUAACUAAUAAUAGUUGUGUUAAGAAAACACAGAAAAUGUCUGCUUUAGAAUCUAACUUGGGAAUAGUCCCCAGAUCUGUGAUGGACAAUCAGGUGCUAUUCAUUUAUAAAACAAGUUUAUUUUAUUUGAAAUUUAUUGGGACUCCAAAAGCUACACUCACUGUCCACUUUUAUUAGGAAAACCUGUACGUUCAGACGGUCAUCUAAUCAGACAAACAUGUGGCAGCAGCACAAUGCAUAACUUCAUGCAGAAACAGGUCAAAAGCUUCAGUUCAGUUCAGAAAAAUGUGAUCUCAUUGACUGUGAUCAAUUUGUAAUUACCAAAUGGAUGGAUUUUGGGUAUUUCAGAUUGGGUAUUAAAUUGCUUAUCUCUCGGGAUCGACAGUUUACACAGAACAGUGCAAAACACAUCCUGUGGCUGAAAUGCCUUGUUGAACUGCGAGAUCAGAGGAGAAUGUCCAGACUGGUCAGAGCUGUCCAGUCUGGGUGAGUCUGUGCCCAUGUGCCUCAGAUUCCUGUUCUUAGCUGACAUGAGUAGAUCCUGGUGUGGUCUUCUGCUGCUGUAGCUCAUCCACCUCAAUGUUUAAUAUUUUGUGAAUGCUGAGAUGCUUUUCUGCUCAAAGAGUGAUUUAUAUGAGUUAUGUUUUCUUCCUAUGACAGAUUUUCCUCUGACCCAAGAUGUUUCCACUGAUAGAAAUGUCCAUCACUUUAUUGUUCACGUGACCUUUUCAUUCUUCACACCAUUCUAUGUAAACUCUAGAUCCCUCAGCAAUUUUUAAGUACUGAAAUCAGGCACUUUUUUCUCCAUUAUGAUGUUUGCUGUGAACAUUAACUGAAGCUC